AAAAGGUGCCAUCCUUGGCCCGUUCACCCACCUUGUAAUUCCCCCAGCAGGGUUAUCAGCACAGUUGUUUUGGGGCCAGAUGAUGAACUGCAUCCCUGAAUUGGGCCAGAAUUAAAAAAAUACAUAUUGGAGGGGGUUGGGAUAUAUUUGUACAUGUAACUGAGACUGGUUCUGAGAUCACAGCUUGCACAGACAUCCGUAUGAGAGCUGAGGGGGCAGUCAGUGUGGGAGUCAGAAUGAGCAGUCAAGGCUGGGAACCUUUUAAGCCAGCCUUGCUGCCUAGGGAAGCGCUCCCAGCUGUAUUCCAGUUCAGCCAUUCUUAAUGUUUUUGUUGUCCUCUCUGGGUGAUUUAACUCACUCUGUGUUUCACCACUUGUACCAGCACAAGUGAGCAAGGACACACAGGCCUGAAUGACUAGCCAGGAAGAAAAGCUGAAAGCAGUGAAUGAUCAGCCUGAUUGCUGGACAACAAAAUACAGGUCCUAGUGAUGCAUCUCCAGAUGAAGGAGUAGUAGAAGAUCUGCCGUUAAUAGAUGAGAGCGCUGUGGAGCAGCUAACUGAAGGAUUGAUUUCUCAUUAUUUGCCUGAUCUUCAGCGAUCAAAAUCAGCACUACAGGAACUUACACAGAACCAAGUGGUAUUACUGGAAACAUUAGAACAAGAAAUUUCAAAAUUCAGAGAGUGUAACUCCAUUCUUGAUAUCGAUGCUUUGUUUUCAGAAGCUAAACACUAUCACAGCAAGUUAGUGAAUAUUAGAAAUGAAAUGAUGAUGCUCCAUGAGAAGACAUCAAAGUUAAAAAAAAGAGCACUUAAGCUGCAACAAAAGAGGCAGAAAGAAGAACUAGAACGAGAACAGCAGCGUGAGAAGGAACUUGAAAGAGAGAAGCAGUUAACAGCAAAGCCUGCUAGGAGGACGUGAAAGCAGAGCAUGCAACAACUUGUCCGAAUUAAUCAUUUCUGCAUUCUCUGGAAUUAAAGCAGGCUUUGCUUCAACUGGGCUACAGCUGUUACUAGCAACAGUCUACUCUAUGAUAUUAUAAAUUCCAGAAUAGUAAUAAUAGGGUUGGUAACAUUGAAAUUUUUUUUCAUUUCAGCCAUUCAAGUUGCCUUCUUUUAUAAUGCUAUGCAGUUUGAUACUAUUAUAAUGUAAGUUAAUUUUUAUAUGUAUAUAGGAAAACUUAGGCAUCACAGUUUUAAAUACCUAUCCAUUUUUUUUUUUUUUUCAUCUGUUCUUCUGGUGUUUAGAAUUCUGAGAGAUACUUGGUGACUGGCAUACAUGUUUUUCAGGCAAAACACAGAAUACUAGUAAAAGUUCUGUUCUCAUCCCUGGACUUGGGUGGCUGCCUGUUUCACUGAAAUUGGUUCGAUUCAGGCAGUUGGGAUCACUUUUUGAUGCCAAUUCAUAAAUACUGACUUUUUGUGCAGCCUUAGUUUGAUGUGUCUCUGAUGAACUGAAGAAACUUCCGAUGCGUUUGCCUGAAAGCUCACUUUAUUGCAGCAGUCUUACUCGUUUUGUCAUGAAGUAACUUAAGAACAGCUUUAAAGUAACUUUUGAAUAAUUUCCCAGCUGAAUUGAUUGAGGCAGGGGGAAGCAGAACGCUAUAGAUUCUCAGAAUUGAUGUGUGCGCAAUACAAAGAUUAAUGAAUUUGUGCUCCCACAAACAUUUGAGUCAAACCAGGGAACUGUUGCCUCUCUAAUGGGUCAACAGGAAGACUGUGUGGUCUAAGCAGACUUCUAGGGGAUUAGAAGUUGUGAUUUCCUCAUUUUGUGUGACAAAAACUAAACAAUUUCAACCAAAACUAAACAAUUUCAACUUCACGUGAAAUUCAGUUACUUGUAGGAAAAACUAUUGCAUUUAUUUUUUUUUCCUUAACAAAUGAUUGAUUUGCACUUUGGGGCUAUGUAAGAGAAUUUUUGUUACCCUGUCCUCACCCAAAUUGAUGAUUAAUAGUGUAUACUGAUGAUAAAUGUGGAAUGGAGGUUGAUAUCCAUUUCUCUGAAUGUAAUUGCUUUCUUGCAGCACUUCGUGUGGACUUUGUAUUCAAAUGAAUGUACAUGUUGUCUAGACUGGUAAAAGAGCUUUAAAUUAUUUGUUCCUACAGUCUAACGAACUAGUUAUUUUAUAUCGGUAUUAUUUUCUAAGUAGUAAUGUAAGUGGCGAGUUUUGAAAUAAGAUGAAGGGUAAGCUAUAUAAAGUUUUCCAUAAAAUGUGUAUGGUAUAGUAUCAGAGGGGCACAGUCAAUUUUACUUUUUCGUCCCUUUUAGAUGAUUUACACAGGCUACACCUGCCUGGACUCUCCUGUAUUAUAAUCCUCUGAACUACUAAUUUCCUGUCUUAAUAUCUGUGAUCUUUUUCUGUGAAAGACAUACUCUAAUGAGUAAUCAUCCAAUGUAAAUUGGGAUAAUGUUUUGGGGCCAGGAGAACAAACUACUUAAAAGUAGUCUGGAGAGACACUGAAAUGCUGUUACUGAAGGAGUAACAGAUUAAAACUUUCUACAGGUAUUUUUCCUUUAAGUGACUUGUGCCUAUUAAUUGCCAGUGGAUUGUUGACCUGUGCUGUAGUUAGUAUGUAUUUCUAAGAGAAAUGUAAAGAAUUUCCACAGUCCAUUAUUGGAGCAGAAUGUACAUAAUGAAAUAUUGUUUAAAAAUUGUAUUUUGUAAAGUAAUUUCAACCAUAGAUUCUGGGAAUUUAAACAGUUCUUAUUAAAGUAUAACAUGAAA